UCAUGGAGUUAGUUGCUCUAAUCUGGCUGUGUGCCGGUGUAUGUUUGGCUAUUAUGUUUCACAAGUUGUACAGUUCAGGCUUGUUGUACUGCAUAAAGUGGUUGGUGAUCUACACAAUACUGAAAUGGAGGAGAUUCUCAACAAAUCACAGAGAGUUAGGUGUACCAAUUUUCGCAUCCAAGAAAGAAGAGCACUUGGAGAACCCCAGGAUAUGGAGCAGAGAAAAGACAUUCCGACGAGACAGCAUGCUGGUGUUCGCCGGUAGCCCAAAUGUUUGGUUGCUAUUGGAACUCGCUAGGGGCCGCCACAAUUCUGCUGCAGCUCGCUUGCGAUUACAGUUUGGCCCCAGUGGUCCUGUUUAUCAGACUUCAGAGCAAGAUAGUCGGCCACGGGCUUGUGAUGGCUGGACAACCAACUCUCUGGCUCUCCAGUGCCUGGAGCCCAUGAGACGCUGGAGGAUUGUCUUUACUGGCAGACUCCACAGCAGAAGUAGCAGUGGCCAGAAAGACACCAAACUCGUGAAAAUCAAUCUAAUAUGGGUAGCUCUAAGUGGACCAUAUUAUUAUGGAAAUGAUGCCAACAUCUCAGCUGUGACUGCAGACUUGGCUGAACAUCCUUUCUCCAAUCUAGGAAUCAAUCUAGAGUCGCUGGGCAAGGGGUAUGAACAGUGGGGUGUCGUGCAGGGGACUGCCAAUAUAGACGGCAGUGUUACCAACAUCCAUGUUCCAUCCCUGCGCUCUCACUGCUGGAAGUGGCCUCACGUGUCUGCUCGGUUGGCAGUAGUGGGGAUUGUGGGUGACGGGACACUGUUCAGCAUUGGUUACAACUUUGCUAAAUUUAGGACUCAGCUAGGACAUGUCAGGUAUACAGAUGGCAGGAUUGAGACUCUUGUAGGCACUUCAGACGUUGACUCUCUAGCUGUGGGGGAUAAGUUCGUCAGAACCUUUAAAAGUGGUUGCUAUGACCACCAAGCCUAUGUUGUUCGAUCUCAGUUCCAACCGUGGGGUCCUCAGCACAUAGCUCUGGCCAGGUGUACCUUUGACAGCUCCCAGGCUACUUGUGUCCUCCUAUCCUGGGUCAAGGGUGUGCCGGAGGAUUUGCCCAGCCUGCCGCUGUUACAGUGUUCACUGACAGAAAGUGUGGAGCUGGUGAUACCAUUGGACCACCCUGCGUGUACCAACCCUGCUGUGGUUGGGGGAAAGGCUGCCUCCCUUGCUCUUCUUCUGGAGACUACCCAUACUUUACUCAGGAGUAAGGCUGUGGUGCCAGCAGGUUUCUGCCUGACCGUACAUGCUAUGCGACUGCAGGCCCAGAGCUCACAGCCACUCUCCUCUGCUGUCAAAUUGCUCAGCCUUGUCAGCUCCGGCCAGGAGCCUGGAGACUUACCGGAGCACUGCCAGCAUGCGGUGACGGCAUGGCUGACAGUACCGAUGUGUACUGCCGUGUUGUCUGUGCUGUCAGGUCAUGUGGUGGCAGACCGUAGUUACGCAGUGCGCUCCUCCUCCACCACGGAGGAUGCAGCUGAUACGUCUGCUGCCGGUCAGAAUGCGACAGUGCUCGGAUGUGUAGGUCUGGAUGCUGUUGUGGCUGCGGUUCACAAGUGCUGGUCUUCUCUGUACACUUAUCAGUCCAUCCAGUAUCGCAGACAGUCAGGUCAGCAGUUGGAUGUUUCAAUGGCUGUUGUUGUACAAGAGAUGGUGGAAGCGACUCUGCAGGGGUCAUGUUUACCAGACACCCUGUAACUGCUGACCCUGCCCAGCUGCUCAUCACUGCCAACUAUGGCUUGGGAGAAACUGUUGUAUCUGGUACUGUUGAACCGGACACUGUAGUAGUGAACACUGAGAACUCUCGUCUAAAUGGUCGAGUCUGUGGUCAAGGGCAGUAAAACUUCCAGGAUUGUUGUAUCAG